CGGCCAAUGGGGGCCGGCUCUGAAGGACGGGGCGUGGCGGCCGCGGCGCUACGCCCCGAGUGGCGGUUGUUUCAAGAUGGCGGCCGCGGCGGGCCCCUCCCGCCGGGGCGCGGCGGCGUUCUGGACCCGGGACCUUUCUGAUGAAGAACAAUCAAUAGUAUAUGUUCCAGGAAUUUCUACAGAGGGAAACAUCAAGUCAAGGCACAAGUCGAUGAGUCCAAAAGCUAAUGUUAAAGUUAAGAGUUCUGGGGUGACUGCUGCUUCCGUCUCCACGGAAUCUUUAAAAGGUGCAGGUGAUUCAGUAGAUGAACAGAAUUUUUGCAGGAGAGGAAUAAAGAGUGCAUCACUGAAGGAUUUAUGUCUUGAAGACAAAAGACGCAUUGCAAACUUAAUUAAAGAACUGGCCAGAGUGAGUGAGGAAAAGGAAGUGACAGAAGAACGACUCAAAGCUGAACAGGAAUCAUUUGAGAAGAAGAUAAGGCAGUUGGAAGAACAGAAUGAACUGAUCAUCAAAGAAAGGGAAGCUCUUCAGCUACAAUAUAUAGAAUGCCAAGAACUUCUGAGCCUGUAUCAGAAAUAUCUAUCAGAACAGCAGGAGAAACUCACCAUGUCUCUCUCCGAACUUGGUACUGCAAGAGUGCAGGAACAACAGGUAUCCAGUAGGAAAAGUACUCUCCAAUCUACAUCCUUGGAACUGAAUAGUUCCUACUUGAGUGUUGCCAAACCACAGAUCUACCAAAACCAGCAGAGGCCCAAGUCUGCAAACCAGGACUCAUCUUCAGAAACCCUUAUGGAGUUGAGGAAUAGUUCUGUGAAACCAUCAAUCCUUCAUUGUCCCAAAGAGAAGCUAGCCAGGGUGCCAUCAGAGACCAGGACAUGUAGUUAUGGGGCCCGGGUGAAAAAAACAGAUGAAGCCCUCACAGAGAAGGAUUCACCAGAAGAAUUGGUAAUGAAGGACGGCCCACACCUUAAGCAUACUCUUUCUAAUCAGUGCUAUGGUCAUAAAUUUUCUGAAACUGCAGAUCAUGUCCUUGAGAGCCAUCCUACCGAUACCGCUUCUCCAUAUUCCAAGACACAUCUGGAUUUAUGCACUUCUUGUGGGCUUUCUUGGAAAUUUCUGAUGCGUGGCCAAGAGGCACUCCAGAGUCAUGAAACAGAUGUAAAGAAGCAGCUCUCAGAAGAUAGGAGACACCAACUUAUGCUUCAGAAAAUGGAGCUGGAAAUCGAAAAGGAGCGCCUUCAGCAUUUGUUAUCUCAACAGGAGACAAAACUCCUCCUGAAGCAGCAGCAGCUUUAUCAGUCUCGACUUGAUUACAAUUGGUUAAGAACACAGACUGCUUACAAGCCAAGAGAUCAGGUUGCUGAGAAAGAGUUCACUAAGCCUCGGGAGCUCAAUAUGAAUAUGAAUGGGAGUGACUCUGGACGAAGCUUACUGACUUCAAAAAAUGAUGACUGGCUUCUUGGAACAUCACCAUCUAUCAGGAAGUACCAAGACUCCAUAAACAGCGGAGACAGUAAAAAGGAAAAGAAGACCGUUGGGUUUCAGUCACAAGUAGAAGAUGAUGCCUCGUGGACAUGUCCAAAAAAAGAUCAACCUCAAAGAGAGACAAUGAUAGGAGUUAGAAAAGAUGCGUCCACGUCUCCUAUAAGAACAGGAAGCCAAAAGGAAUUUGUAACCACAACCACAUCAUCAUUCAAACCGGACACCGCCAGGUAUGAGACGUCUCUGUUGGAUUUGGUUCAGUCUCUGAGCCCAACACCUGCCGCCAAACUCCAGCCGCGUCCCUCCAGAGAAGCCGGGGCCUGGCAUCGCAGCACCUGCCAACUCAGCCCUGUGAAAUCAUCCUGGAGCAAGAGGGGGACCAUCAGGACCUCUGAAGACCUGGAGGAGAACCAAAUUCUGAAAGACAUUUUUUUUAUUUGACACUGAAGCGUAUGCUGCAAAACUUCCAUCAGAAAUAUGUUUUGUUUCUUUUUAAUAUACUGAUCUAGUAUUUUAAAUUAUUUGAUUAUAGAGGAUUUCUCUCUCCUGUACAGGAACCUAGCUCACUAGCAUCCUGUUAUACAUUGAAUAUAAAAUCAUUCUACCACCCAGGGUGUGUUUAAACAGACCAAUCAGUGAAUUCCAUUUUAAAGGUAGUGGGUGUAGAACCAGUAUCUUUUGUAGCCAAGCAGGGUGUAGAAAACGGACACAGCAGACAGAGGACACACUUUUCCCCCUGCAAAGCAGUGAGCAUUGGAUCUCCACCCUCAUUUCGAGAGUGUUUUCCUUCUCAUUCUUUUGUUGGGAAAAGUUGAUUCUCUCUUGUACCCGAGAAAAACUUUCCACCGAAAGAUCCUCUUAAUUUAAACAUAGUCUCUUUAUAACAAGUAGUUUCAAGGAGAUAAACCCUUCUUUCACGCUGCUCACACCUCUGCCCUCUAGUUGUAAUGAUGAUCGCAGUAUAAUUGUCAAUGCUGGAGUCACCGAAGUGCCCUGCCUUCACAGCUGACGCUGCCAGCCAUCUGUGAGUCAGCCUGGCAGCGGCGGGUCCCUUAACUGAGGGUGCAGUGAGCUAGAGAGGGAGCACUACCGAGCCCUGGAACCAGCAGUAACUAGCACAGGAGAGGGGUUUCCAUAGAGAGAAACAGUGGAGGAACAAGGCUGAAAUGCUGUUCCCACACUCCCUUGUGUACCUGGGGAUGAAUAAAAGCCAAUGCUCAGUGUUUUUGUUGACCCACAUGUCUAUUUUAUUCACCCCGGGGAAUGCCCCCUAAUUGAGUCCGAGCACUAGGAAAGGAGCAUCCAGCUGCUAUGAGCUGGGAGCCCUUCCCGAUCCCCACUUAGACCCCAGGAGGAAGACAGACCCUGGACUGGCCAGGCCUCGCAUGUGGUCUGCCCAGGGCCACUGACUCAUUACCCCAAAGAACCACCUCCGCUUGCCAGAUUAUGCCCGGCUGCUGCCAAGCGUCCGCCCCUGCACCCCUACUUUCCCACAGGACCUCACUUGGUGCCAUCACAGGAAGCCUGUGAGGGAAGCUCGCUGGAGGCCUCAUGCUCUCUCUUUCCUCCCAAAGUGCUCUUGAGAUGGUCCCUUCAACAUACUGUGUGCUCUUGGAGCCCCGGUCCACAGAAGCCAGGGAAUUUCCAGACAUGGAAUUCCCAUGAUUUUGAUCUGGAGGGUGUUGCUUGUUUCAUGUCUCUCUUCCACCAACCCUAGGUUUCAAAUGUGGUCAAGACUGUCAGUAGACAACGUCAAGACAACCCAGGGCAGCCUGUACUUAGUAAGCUGCGUGGUUUUCCUGAAUUCUUUACCAAUUUAUUUUUAUUUUUUUAUUUAUUUUUUCUUUACUAAUUUAUUUCAGCUGUCAGAUGCCUUCCCACAGAGCUUCAUUGUCUGGCUAAAUCUCAGCAUUAUCUCUUCAAGCUGAUGUCCUUCUUCCUCUAUCCAAUCUCCCUUCACUUUGCUCUUUUCGUUCUUUGGAGGAGAGAGGAAGGAGCCUGCUAAUGCCACAUUCUUCCUCUGGGAAAUACAGAUGUAAUGCCAGACCUAACUAGUUGUAUGUGUUCACUUAAUAGUUGGAAAAUCAUUACAAUUUCUUUUUAAAGCUUAUCCUUGUGAAAGAAACUGGAUCAGUUCAAUCCCAUUUCUCAGGAAAGUAAAGGUUUCUUUGAUGUCGUUAAAAUGGGUCAUUUUGAAGUUGGGUUUCUGAAACCCACUUUUCCUUGCUUCCUGUAUCAUUAUUACCUGAAAAGCAUCCUGCUCCCUUGGACCAUCCCCGUCCUCCACCCUCGCCCAGUACCCUCACUUCCCACAGGAAGACAAGAAGAUGAUGAUGAUGAUCUCUCAGGAGGCUUGUUUGCCUUUCAAGGAGUAAAUGGGGCUUAGGGAAAGAUUACUGGAGGCUUCUAUGCCUCAGAAUGGAAUUUGACUACUUUUUUCCUUCCGCCUGAAUGAGCAGUUGAAAGGGUAAAGAGAGGUUUUCAGCAGAGCAAUACGAAGUGAGUUUGUGCACCAUCUAUUGUUUUGGUUAUGAAUUGAACAAUGUAUGUUAAUUUUUUAAAAUCUAUUUCUAAUCUAUUUUAAUCUAUUUCUUACUUGAAUCUACAUAUUCACAUAUAUGAACAUAUACAUAUAUAUACAUAUAUAUAUAUAUAUAUAUAUAUAUUCCCAUGCCUUGAAGCUAUUGUAGUCUGCAGACUUCACCUCAUUGUCAUUGAACUUCCUAAGAAAAGGACUUUGUGCUGAUCCUCCUAGCACUGGUGAGGGUUUGCCUGGCCAGCGGCAGCAACUCUACACACAUAUGGGGAAUACCAGUGAUAGUGCUGCAUGACCCACCCUGCCAUACAGCGUUCUCUCAGUGGUAGAGGGAGUAUAACAAUCAGUGUGUACAAAAAUGGAAAGGGACAAACGAUGCCCACUAAAGCUCCCCAUGUAGGGCCCAAAGAGCUUAAAUUAGAAAGGCAAAGUUGACCAAGGAGUGACAUUUGCUGAGACACCCUCCUGGAGCCACACUUGUGUUUAUUUCAAAGUGACUUCCAGGGUGGAACAUCCUAGGGUGCUCCAUAUGCCCUGUGGCACACGGGGCUCUCUCCUGCAAAACCACUCCUUCUACUGAGCCCUGCUCCCAGCACCAUGGUUCAUGGGAGAGAUUUCUGCUCAGAGCUGGGGCAGGUCACGUGACUCACAGUUUUGGGGAGAUAGCAGCUCCCGUGUAUUCCUCUGAGCUCAUGUGUCAGCCUCAUCUCACUGGGUAGGAUUAGUCAUGUGGCCAACUGUCAUUACAUGUGCGCAUGUGAGAUUUUCAGCUAAUAAAUUAUGACUGAUUUCCCCCG